GUCCUCGGACGCGUCGAACGAAGAAAAAGGACAAACAGCAGCAGGACGAGAAGAGGCCUAGGACCGCGUUUAGUGGCGACCAGCUGGCUAGACUCAAGAAGGAGUUCACCGAAAAUCGGUACCUGACCGAGAGACGGAGACAAGAGCUGGCCAACGAGCUGGGCCUGAACGAGGCCCAGAUAAAAAUAUGGUUCCAGAACAAGCGGGCCAAGAUCAAGAAGGCCAGUGGCACUAAGAACCCGCUCGCCCUGCAGCUGAUGGCCCAGGGCCUGUACAAUCACAGCACGGUCAUGGUUACUAAGGAGGAAGAGGAACAGCUGGCCGCGGCACAAGUAAGUGCAUUAUCAUUAUCAUUAUCAAUAUAUAAAUUGCAAUUCUACAAAGGCCCCCGUUAA